CGUACCAAGUGUAACUAAAUAUUUUAAAAAUGUCACAAAAAUUUAAAAUCUUUGUAAAAGAUAUUAUCUUAAUUUUAGCAUCGAUUUUCUUCUCCAUAUUCAUCCUCCCAUUUUUCCUCGUACUUUUUGUCUGUCCUCGUUACGUUUAUCGAAAAAUUGUCAUAUUUUUCGCCGCGCAUUUCAAGCCAUGGUUGUACACUCCCUUAAGUUUGAAUGACUGUAUCGUCGUCUGGGAUGACUACCACGGCCGACCUAGGAAUUCGUGUUGUGGCGUCUUUUACUUGAAGGGAAGACCUGCCUUUGCCGAUGUGGUGGGCAGAGUGGAAAAAUUGGUGGAAGGGCGUCCCGAACUCUCGUGUUCUUUAGCCCGCUGGAUGUCCGUGUACUUUUGGAAAAAAUGUGAAGAUUUCUCCCUCUCAAAUCAUUUCUCCCAAAAUGAUAUAUCCGACCCGGACAAAUUUUCGGAAUUUGCAGUAGGCCUUAUCGACCAAGGAUACCCGCCAGAAAAUCCUCUCUGGGAGCUAAUCUACUUCCCAAACUACGCACAUUCCGAGUACGGCACCAUGUCCGCCAUCUUGCUCAGAUUUCAUCACACUCUCGGCGAUGCUAUCGCGUACAUGGCGCUAAUGCGCGAUUUGUGCGAUCAAAAUCCCACAGUGGACGAGGAAAUGGACAAAAUUUUAAAAACAUUACGAGUCAGAUUUUCGCUUUCUCCAUGGCAGAAAUUGUGUUACGUGACCAAACUAAUUUUUGUCACGCCGAGCCAAGCCGUGUACUAUUAUCUGAAAGGGAUCACUUCUCAAAUGAUACCGAUGCCGAGAAGCAAGACGAAAUACACGGCGUCCAUCCCUGGUGUGACACAUGUCUCGACAUUGCUGGAUAUUUCGGUGUUGAAAAGCAUCUCGAAAAAGACUGGGGUCAAGGUGACCUCGAUUAUUCAUGCCGGCGUGACGGGUGCGAUGCGAAGGAUGAUACUGGAAAGGGGGGGCCGAGCAGAUGGGGAUUUAUCCACGAUUUACGUCCUCCCCAAGACGAACCAUCCAGGAUCAAUGACGAACAAUUCUUUUGGGAUGCCGCUAAUUUCCCCGAUGACCCCAGAACCAUCCCAGGCUGCCCGACUUGCCAGAAUUUCCAAACAAUUCGACCACCUCCUAGUUUCCCCCCUCUUUCUCGGUAUGAUGAGUUUGGCUGACUUGACAGGCUUGAUCAACGACACCUUCGGCCUGACGACCUGGCCAUGGCCGCCGGUCGCGAGUUUCAUCCAUUCCAACUUCGCAUUUGUCGGGGAGCCGAUGAAGCUGUUUGGUCACGUGGCAGAAAUUGGAAUUAUUUACUCGGGUUUGCAAGCUGGCGGGCAGCACCUCUGUCUCGCGACGACAAGUUACAAUGGGAAACUUGGUAUUCAACUGACUGGAAGUAGGGCCAUCUUUCCCGAGAGGGCUGAUUUACGCAAGAUUUCAGACUAUAUAAGGGAAGAAUUUGAAAUUUUGGGAAACCAUGGGGACGAGGUGUAAGGUGGGAUCCUUGGAAUGGGACAAUUGAACAAAAUGCUCAAGAUAAAUUAGUUAAUUGCAUGUAUUUAAUUAAAUAUUUGAACUUUUCUGCUAUAUGUAUUUAAUUAAGAAUUGGUAUUUGAACUUUUAAGUCCAAUAUUCAUGCAAAUAUGAAAAAACGAAUAUGUAUACUACAAAAAUUUUGAAACAAGUCAGUUACAGCAUCAUUGCAUUUUGCUUUAUAAUUAUUUCAGAUCAGUUUUAUCAAUAAAAUUUACAAUUUAAAAUUUAA